AUGGCUAGCUUGAAGGACUUCCGCGUUCUCACCUUCGAUGUCUACGGAACUCUGAUCGACUGGGAAGGUGGCAUGCUCACUGCCCUGCAACCCCUUUUGGACGACAACAAGCGUACAGACUUCACCCGCAAGCACCUUCUGGACGUCUACCACGAGCUUGAGGCCAAGCAGCAGACAAAGACCCCGGACAUGCCUUACUACCAGCUCGUGGCCACCAUUCAUCCCCAGAUUGCCGAGAAGCUUGGCCUCGCAGCCCCCACGUCCGAGGCUUCGAAGGCUUUUGGCGACUCAGUCGGCAACUGGCCUGCGUUCCCCGACACCGUGGACGCGCUGCGCCGUCUUCAAAAGUUCUACAAGCUCGUCGUUCUGUCCAACGUCGACCGCGAGUCUUUUGCAAAGAGCAACGCCGGCCCGCUUCAGGAUGUGCCCUUUGACCUUGUGGUGACUGCGCAGGAUGUGGGGUCUUACAAGCCUGACCAGCGCAACUUCAGCUACAUGCUGCAGAAGGUAAAGGAGACAUUUGGUGUGGAGAAGGACCAGGUGUUGCAAACGGCUCAGAGCCAGUUUCACGACCAUCACCCGGCUAAGGAGGCGGGUAUCAAGUCGUCAUGGAUUGUCCGACCCGGUGCGGUUAUGGGAAACAGGGAUGUUGAGAUUUACGACUUCAAGUUUGACACGCUGGGACAGAUGGCGGAUGCUCUUGAGAAGGAGCUGGCCAUGGCAUCCGACCUCCUCGCUGGGUUUCCUACCCAAGCCCCAUCUAAACCUUCAACGAAACUCCGUUUUGCUGAUGUCGCAGUUACCGCCACCGCAAAGGACUUCGCGGGCAUCUACAGAGGCAAACAGUACCAUCAACCAGACUUCGAUGCCGUGCUCGACCGCGCGCUCGCUUCGGGCGUCGACAAAGUGAUGCUGACGGGCAUGUCCCUCUCCGACGCCGCAACUAACCUCUCCAUCGCAAAAUCGCGCCCCGAGGGUUCAUGCUUCGUCACGAUCGGCAUCCAUCCGUACCACGCAGCAGAGCCGGAUGCAGAGCCGGAUGGCGGCGAGGACGGCCACUUUGCCAAGCUCGCGCAGACAGUCCGUGAUGCGUUGGCCCCGAAGUCUGGUGGUACCAGUCUGCUGGCCGCUUUCGGUGAGCUGGGAUUGGACUACGACCGGCUCAACCACGCCUCGAAGGAAGCGCAGAUCCGCACGUUCAAGCACCAAUUAAACCUCUUCGUUGCGGAAAAACUUGAUCUGCCGCUCUUUUUGCACUGCCGUGCAGCGUAUGAUGACUUUGUGGAGGUUAUAAAGCCGUACCUCCCCAGCCUUCCCCGACGAGGACUUGUGCACUCCUUCGUGGGGAGCGCGGAGCAGAUGAAGGGACUAGUUGAGAUGGGCUUCGACGUCAGUGUUAAUGGCUUUAGCUUCCAGGAUAGGGAAAGCUUGGAGAUGGUUCGAGAAAUUCCAUUGGACCGGCUGCAGAUCGAGACGGAUGCCCCUUGGGGGGAGAUCCCUGCCGGCUCGGAGGUUGCGAAAAAGUACCUUACGAACGCCCCUAGUCUGCCUCAGAGUAAGAAGAAAGACAAGUUUGAGUUGAGCUUGAUGGUAAAGGGGCGCAAUGAGAGCUGUACAAUGGAUAGAGUUGCUUUCGUGGUUGCCGGGUUGAAGGGAAUCACCGUGGAGGAGGUGGCGGAGGCUGCAUGGAGAAAUAGCGUAAAGAUGUUUGGUUUGGGAGAAAAACAAUAG